AACGACCAAUGAAACUAGACAGUCGAUAACUCGGUCGAUACAAAGCAUGCGGUGACUCGCCUCCGUUCAGUCAUUCAUUAGACGUCAUCAAUACUACGCGCAUUAUUUAUAUUAUUAACGCUGUUUAUUUACGCAGCGUGGGAGCAAAAUGGCUGAACGGUUUUCGGAUUCACAAAUGCUAAAACUCGUAGAGAUCUAUCGAGACUACGAAUGUUUGUGGAACGUAACGAGUGCUUUGUAUAAAAAUCAUGACGCAAGACAAAGCGCGUACAAACAAAUUGCGGAAAAGUUAAACAUUAGUGGCAUCUCAGACAAAGAUAUACCAAAAAAAAUUAAAAAUUUAAGGUCAUCGUACUAUCAAGAAUUAAAAAAAAUUGAAAAGAGCACUCGAUCCGAAAGCGACCGAGAUUCUGUUUAUAAACCGAAGGUGUCAUGGUUUUCAAUUGCCGAUGGAUUUUUAAGAGCAUUAAAAAAUAAAGAGAAGACAUUUUCAAAUAUCGAUGAAAAUUCGGAAAUAGCUACUGAUACUGUUGACUUCGAAAAUAAUAAUACGGUAUUAGAAGAGAAUGAUAGAGAAGAAAACUCAAAUGCUGCGGAUGAAAUUAUUGAAAAUCGAGUUCAAGAACUAACCGAAACGUCUUCAUCUACAUUCACUGUGCCAUCAAAACUAGCAACGAAGAAAAGGGGCAAAUCAAAUAAAAGACAGUACGAGGUACAUGAAGCCAUUGACAAAAUAAAUAAAAUUGCCGAGAAUGUUACUAAAAAUACAACAUCGUUACUACAAAAUAAAGAAGAUGAAUUCGACAUUUUUGGGAGAUAUAUAGCCUCGACUUUACGUACAUUGCCACGCGACUUUUCAAUUAUUGCAAAAACAGAUAUUCAAAAGGCUUUAUCGGAAAUUCAAUUAAAAGCAUUGAGACAGCAAACCAAAUCUUCGUUGUUGUCCUAUGGUACCUCGACGUCCAAUACCUGUGAUCCAGAAAAUCCAGGAUAUUUAAGUUCCGCAUCUGUGUCUAAUUUAUCUAACUAUGAAGACGAUUUCAACAACAUCAGUUUCACAAACAUAUGAAGCAAUUUUAUAUAUUAUUUAUAAUUAUGCAACAUCUAUUUGCCUGGUGAGGCAUUUUUAUUUCAUUUAAUUAUUUGAUAUUGAUUAAAUGAUUACUACACUCGCGGACACCAAAAUCGAACCACUUUGUAAUCCACCAGACAUUGAAAUUUGAAACUAAUAACAAUAAAGAAAUAUUUUGUUAGUCAAUAUUUAGAGAUGGUUGUACACAAUAUCCGUACAUCGGAGAAAAACGAUACAUUUUUGGUUAUCAAAUGAAAAAAUGAAAAAAAAAAAAAUAAAACUAUUUGAAAGAAAGAAAGAUUUUUCGAAAGAAGAGAAGAAAAUUUCUUUCUUUCUUUCAAAUAAAACUAUUUCUAAGAACGUACAUUUGAAAACAAUAUUUUGUAACCUAAUCUGUUGUGUCUGCCCAUAACACUCCGAAAACGGCAUUUCAAUAUAGUUCAAUAAAUUGGUGUCCAUAAAAAAGGGCGGUACGCUUUAGGUGACCGGAAGUGUAUUCUGUUCAAUUAAAACUUCUUAACGUACGUACGUACGUAACGUAAUUAAAACUUCGAAACGUACAAAUUUGUAAGAAUAUUGCAAAAUUUAAAUAAACAUUUACUUUAUAAUCUUAAUAUUAUUUACUAUUUUUAUAUUUAUAUGUACUUACCUUUAUAUAAUCUGCCAGUGCAUCAUAGAGAGCGUCACACACUUCUGGUAUAAAACUGCUCAUAAUAGAAGGGGACACACGAAAUAAGUAAUAUAAACUUUUGUAAGAAUCUCCAGUAGCUAAAUAACGUAAGGUGACCUCAAGUUUUAAUCGUGCAGGAAGAGCCUCACGAAAUAAUGUGUCUUUUUUUUCAAUUCUUUUUUCUACCUUUCUCAAUAAAUCGUCAAAUAAGUUUUUAGGUAUUCUGAAAAAAUUAUCAUGAUCUUCUACAUCACAUUCCAAUGCCGGAUUCAAGUUCGCACACAACGUAUUAGAAGCACCGUGCAUCUUUCUACUUUUAAGUAAAUUUCGCAUCCAAAAUCUCUUUUUCUUUUUCUUCAAAGAAGUUAUUAAUUUCUUUUUU